AUGCUUGUGAUAUUCGUUAAGCAAUGGUCAGUGGAAGACUGGUCCGCCCUACGUUGCGCUCUUAUAUAUAAGCUUAGGGCUGUUGAUGAAGGACGUGUCGAUAUUGAAUUCGCUCCGUGUAAAAUGAAGCUUCUAGGGCUUGGAAAAUUCUCUUCUAACCAAUUUAAAGACACGCGACAAAUGGGUGAUUCAAUCGGUGUUCGUUAUGAUGGCAGCACUGGGACGCUUGGUGGUUUCACGACUCUUACUCGAAAUGGCCAGAUACACCGUAGCUUCCUCACACACUGUCAUGUUGUUAGACCAUGA